CACCAGAAACAUAACUAUCCUGAACAGCGACCCACCUGUGUUACCAUGAAAAGUGAGGAGUCAAUGCAUUUUCUGAUAGAUUUUAAGGGAGACCAAGGCUCCACUCCAAACAGAACCGCCUCGCCGGUCUCUGGAACCUCUCCGUGUGGAGAACAGGAGAGUCGGAGCAAAGAUCAGAGGAUGCCCCAGAAACCUGAUUUUCCUGAACAUCAGCCCAUCAUGAAAAGUGCGAAGUCAAUGCCCUUUCGGAUAGAUUUUAAGGGAGACCAAGGAUCCACCCAAAACAGAGUGGACCAGCAGAGACCAGAACGUCCCCGUGGUCAGUCUGUCCAGCAUUAUCAAACACAACUGGACUCCGUAUUUCUGCUGCUGGAGGACAAUAUUGUCACAUUUGUGAAGAACGAGCUGAGGAAGUUCCAGGCGGUUUUGAGCUCAGAUUACCCAGACUCCUUAGAGAGUCAGGCGGAGGCGUUGGAGGGUGAGGAUGAAGAGCAGAGGUGGAGCAGCAGAGAGGCUUUGGUGAAGAUCACAGUGAACUUCCUGAGGAGAAUGGAGCAGGAGCAGCUGGCCGAGCAUCUGCAGAGCCAUGCUUCUGCUCCAGUUUGUCAGAACAAACUAAAAUGUAAGCUGAAGGGGAAGUACCAGUGUGUGUUUGAGGGCAUCGCUGAGGCAGGAAACCCCACCCUUCUGGAGCAGAUCUACACAGAGCUCUACAUCACAGAGGGGGGGACUGCACAGGUCAACGAUGAACAUGAAGUCAGACUGAUUGCAGCAGAAUCCAGGAAACCAGACAGAGCAGAAACAACCAUCAGACAGGAAGACAUCUUUAAACUCCCACCUGGAAGAGAAGAACCAAUCAGAACAGUGAUGACGAAGGGAGUGGCCGGUAUCGGGAAAACAGUCCUAACACAGAAGUUCACUCUGGACUGGGCUGAAGGCAGAAGCAACCAGGACAUUCAGUUCAUGUUUCCAUUCGCCUUCAGAGAGCUGAAUGUGCUGAAAGAGAGAAAGUUCAGCUUGGUGGAACUUGUUCAUCACUUCUUCACUGAGACCAAAGAAAUGUGCAGCUUUGGAGAGUUCCAGGUCGUGUUCAUCUUUGACGGUCUGGAUGAGAGUCGACUUCCUCUGGACUUCCACAACAACAAGGUCCUGACUGAUGUUACAGAGUCCACCUCAGUGGACGUGCUGCUAACAAACCUCAUCAGGGGGAACCUGCUUCCUUCUGCUUGUCUCUGGAUCACCACACGACCCGCAGCAGCCAAUCAGAUCCCUCCUGAGUGUGUCUCCAUGGUGACGGAGGUCAGAGGCUUCACUAACCCACAGAAGGAGGAAUACUUCAGGAAGAGGUUCAGAGAAGAGGAGCAGACCAGCAGGAUCAUCUCCCACAUCAAGAGAUCACGAAGCCUCCACAUCAUGUGCCACAUCCCAGUCUUCUGCUGGAUCACUGCUACGGUCCUGGAGGAUGUGCUGAAAACCAGAACGAGAGGAGCGCUGCCCGAGACCCUGACUAAGAUGUACAUCCACUUCCUGGUGGUUCAGACCAAGCUAAGGAAGGUCAAGUACGAUGGAGGAGCUGAGACGGAUCCUCACUGGAGUCCAGAGAGCAAGAAGAUGGUGGAGUCUCUGGGAAAACUGGCUUUUGAGCAGCUGCGGAAAGGAAACCUGAUCUUCUAUGAGUCAGACCUGAAGGAGUGUGGCAUCGAUAUUGGAGAAGCUUCGAUGUACUCGGGAGUGUUGACACAGAUCUUUAAAGAGGAGAGCCACCUGUACCAUCACAAGGUGUUCUGCUUCAUCCAUCUGAGUGUUCAGGAGUUUCUGGCUGCUCUUCAUGUCCAUCUGACCUUCAUCAACUCUGGAGUCAACCUGCUGAAGGAACAAAAAAACACUUUUAGAUUGUUUAAAACACACGAAGAGUGUCAUCUCUAUGAGAUGGCUGUGGACAAGGCCUUACAGAGUCCAACUGGACACCUGGACUUGUUCCUCCGCUUCCUCCUGGGUCUCUCACUGGAGACCAAUCAGACUCUCCUACGAGGUCUGCUGGAACCAAACCAAAGAAGUUCAUAUGACAGCCAGAAAACGGUUGUGUACAUCGAGAAGAAGAUCGGUGAGGAUCUGUCUGCAGAGAAGAGCAUCAACCUGUUCCACUGUCUGAAUGAACUGAACGAUGGUUCUCUGGUGGAGGGGAUCCAACUGUCCCUGAGGUUAGGAAAUGUCUCCCCAGAUAAACUGUCUCCUGCUCAGUGGUCGGCUCUGGUCUUCACCUUACUGUCAUCGGAAGAAGAUCUGGAAGAGUUUGACCUGAAGAAAUACUAUGCUUCAGAGGAGGUUCUGCUGAGGCUGCUGCCGGUGGUCAGAGCCUCCAAGAAAGCUCUGCUGAGCGACUGUAACAUCUCAGUGUACUCCUGUGCAGUUCUCAGCUCUCAGUCCUCCAGUCUGACAGAACUGGACCUGAGUAACAACAAUCUGAAGGAUGCAGGAGUCAGGCGUCUGUCUGCAGGACUGGAGAGUCCGCACUGGAAACUGGAAACUCUCAGGUUGUCGGGAUGUCUGAUCACAGAAGAAGGCUGUGCUUCUCUGGCCUUGGCUCUGAGCGCCAACCCCUCCCAUCUGAGAGAGCUGGACCUGAGCUACAAUCAUCCAGGGGAAUCAGCAGUGGAGCGUUUGUCUGCUGGACUAGAGGAUCCACGCUGGAGAUUGGACACUCUCAGGGUGGAGCCUGCUGGACAACGAUGGUUGAAACCAGGUCUGAUGAAGUAUUCCUGUGAACUCACCGUUGACACAAACACUGUCAAUAAAAACAUCAAACUGUCUGAGGACAACAAGAGGAUGACACAUGUGGAGGAGCAUCAGUCCUAUCCUGAUCAUGCAGACAGGUUUGAUACGGUUCCUCAGCUGCUGUGCAGAGAAGUUCUGACGGGUCGCUGUUACUGGGAGGUCCAGUGGAGAGGAGGACUUUCUAUAUCAGUGAGUUACAGAGGAAUCAGCAGGAGAGGAGACUUCAACGAGUCUGUUUUUGGAAGAAACAGUCAGUCCUGGAGUCUGAAGUGCUCUGAUGAUGGUCGGUUCUCUGUCUGGCACGACAACAGAGUAACAUCCUCCUACCCCUCAGUCUCUGACAGAGUAGGGGUGUAUGUGGACUGUCCUGCUGGAACUCUGUCCUUCUACAGCAUCUCCUUUGACCGACGGAUCCACCUUCACACCUUCAAUACCACAUUCACUGAAGCUCUUUAUCCUGGAUUUGGGUUCUGGUCCAGCUUGGGUUCUUCAGUGAUUCUGUGUUAAGUGUGGUAUUAAGACUUUCAUCCCAUUAGAGAAACUCUGGACACAUAGUUCAGUCUGUACAUGUAUCUAUAUUGAUCAGAACUCAUGAAUCAAAGCUUUUGUGAAGUUGUUCUGUGACUGAUUCCUCAUAAACGUCUUCCUUUUUUGCUCCUUUAAAGAUGGAAGCUGCCAUUAUUACAAGAUCCACAUUUUUUCUGCCUGUUUUCAGACAUUUUGCAGUAAAUAUCAGUAUCAUUUAAGAUGAGAUGGUUCAGUUCAGAUGAGACGGUUCAGGUCAGCUGAGAUGGUUCAGUUCAGAUGAGAUGGUUUGGUUCAGAUGAGACGGUUCAGGUCAGCUGAGAUGGUUCAGUUCAGAUGAGAUGGUUCAGUUCAGAUGAGAUGGUUCAGUUCAGAUGAGAUGGUUCAGUUCAGAUGAGAUGGUUUGGUUCAGAUGAGACGGUUCAGGUCAGCUGAGAUGGUUCAGUUCAGAUGAGAUGGUUCAGUUCAGAUGAGAUGGUUCAGUUCAGAUGAGAUGGUUCAGUUCAGAUGAGAUGGUUCAGUUCAGAUGAGAUGGUUCAGUACAGAUGAGCAGGUUCAGGUCAACUGAGAUGGUUCAGAUGAGAUGGUUCGGUUCAGUUCAGAGAUGCUUCAGUUCAGGUCAGCUGAGAUGGUUCAGUUCAGAUGAGGGAGUUCUGUUCAGAUGAGAAGGUCCAGGUCAGCUGAGAUGGUUCAGGUCAAGUGAAAUGGUUCAGAUGAGAUGGUUCGGUUCAGUUCAGGUCAGCUGAGAUGGUUCAGUUCAGAUGAGAUGGUUUGGUUCUGCUGAGAUGGUUCAGUUCAGAGGUAGGGGGUUCUGUUCAACUGUCAGCUACAAAUAUGAGGUUAUGUCUCCAGAGAUUCCUGUUCUGGAUCUCUGGUCUGGCUUUCCAGGGAGUCAGUCUCAGCCUUCAAAGGAUCUUACCCUGAUGGCAAUGAUCUAAGACUGCUUCAUCUAGAGGUGAGGAGACACGUCUACAUCUGAGUGUCUACACUGUGACUUAUCCAACUAAGUAGAGAGAGAAAAUCAACAGCUAAGCCUGUCAAUGGCAGCUCUCCUCUCAAAAUCAAUACUCCUGGUGGUUGCCAGGAAACGUGAUUAACAAACUACUACUUUUUUAUAGAUGUUUCUAUUUUUUUUUUUCUAAUAUUUUUAUCCUGGUUUUUUUCCCCCAUUUUAUCACCCAGUGCUCCUAUCUAAGUGACAGUCCUGGGCAUUGCCAUCCUCUACCAACCCCGGGAGGGCCCUGCACUGAGCUCAGGUCUCCUCCUUAACCUGAGGAGUGAGCAGCCGCAUCUUUCCACCAGACAGGGUGGGGCUUCUCUUGCCGGACGUAGUGCGUGGAAGGAUCACGUUAUUCCGGCCAGAUCCUCCCCACCCCAUCUGGAGCCCCGGUUGGCCAGAGGGGGCAUGUGUAGCCCAGGACUGUGUGCAUGUUUUUGUGAGGGUAGCUCCCAUUAGCUACCCAAGGGAACACGGGGUGUUAUGCUGACUCAUAUUUAUAAACUUUUAUUAACUUAUAUAAAUAUAUAUUUACAUGGUAAAAUAAAACAGCAAUAACAACAUUAACAAUCAUAGCUGUAACGUUAAGAUGUAGAAAGGCACGUAAUUACUUAUUUAUAUUUACAAUACUAAUAUUUUACAAUAAGAUGUAAAAAGGCAUGUAAUGACUAAUAUUUAGAAAUUAAAAAAAAGAAAAACACCCAUGCUGUACCUGUGUAAAAUAAAUAUAUAAGAAGAUUAGUACUUUCUUUUCAAGGCUGUAAUUACCUUGAAAAUGCAGGUAAAUGAGAGGUAAAGUGAAAUCUCUGUAAAACAUGUCAGCAGCAAUAAAGGUGAAAGAUAACACUUGAUUGUUUUCAUUGUAAAUCCAUUGUUUUGGUGCAAAAUCGUACUUCUGUACUGAACUGUAUAUGAAGUAUGCUGAGGUCCUCACCAUUGUGUGAGUGUGGCAGCGUUUACUUUGGGGAGCUGGAUGGUGGUCUCACUCAUCACUCCACCGUUUGUUAUCACACACUCCCGGAUGUGCUUGUACAAACAAGCCACCACUGUGAACCGGGACACCUUUUUCCCGUCACAGUGCAUAGCAUUUGGGUAGAGAGUGUCAAGAAGACGCCUCCACCACCCUGUUACAGUCAGGCCACUGAGCUGGACUGUGGGCCCCGAUGAAAGAUCUGAAAAAUACAAUCCCAUACAUACUAUUAAAACACAACUUUUUUCAGUGUUAUUAUUUUGUAAUGAGAUAUUUUGAAUUGUUAAUAUAUUUUUUAAACAGUCAAGACCUUGUUCUUGCUUAGUUUAUCUACCUGUUGGUGCUCUGAUGCUUCUAUGGUGUUAGUUAAGUUCAGGCUUCCAUCUGCCCGUCUCCUAAAACGCAGCUCCACUAGAUUCAAAAAUAAAAUAAAAAGUGUAUGAAUUAAAUGCAAUACUUGAACAAUUGGAACAUUAGUCACACAGACCCAUAGAUGUGUAACUGUGUCUGUUUAUUAGCAAAUACAAAUUUAAGACUGUAGUGUGGAUUAUCUCAUGCU